GUCACUGCCUCUAACCAAGGUGAGAAGGAGAAGGCGCAAUCCGAGCAGUGCAGCAAACCCUAUUUAAACCGCCGCGGCCUCCUCCCCCGCAGGCCCCACCCAGAUCCGACCACCCACACCGCGCCACCCCUUGCCUCCGGCCAGCGCAGCGCCGCCGCCGCAGCGAUGGUGUACGUGGAUUCGUGGGACGAGUUCGUGGAGCGGUCCGUGCAGCUCUUCCGCGCCGACCCCAACGCCACCCGCUACGUGAUGAAGUAUCGGCACUGCGAGGGGAAGCUCGUGCUCAAGGUCACCGACGACCGCGAGUGCUUGAAGUUCAAGACAGAUCAAGCUCAGGAUGCAAAGAAGAUGGAGAAGCUAAACAACAUCUUUUUUGCUCUCAUGACUCGUGGGCCUGAUGCUGAUAUAAGCGAAGUUUCAGGGAAGGAACAGGCAGAGCAACAGCAAUCAAAGAAAGGGCGGGGCAGGAGGCAGUAAUGCCUGGUUUGCUCCUGAUUUCUUUCAGAAAAAUCACAAGUGGAAUGGUGGAUGGAUUGACUCUUGUUGUCCCUGCUAUGUUCUCUGAAGGAAUUUUGAAUAAUCUUGGACUUUUCCUGGUACAGAACUGAAACAUACUAAACUAAACGCACUAUCAUGAUCGAGAAACACUCGGUCCUUGACCUUUUCUUUCACAGCUGAGGUGUUUUUAUCGGUGGUUUUUUAGUAAGAAUGCGACUAGAUAUUCUGCUUGAAUUCA